CUCCCUCCUUGCCUAUUUUUUCUCUCUCCCAUCCUCUCUCAUAGUCCAGGACUCUCUUUAUCAAGUAAAGCAUAAUCGAGCUUUGGUUCGUUUUGACUUGCAUUGAGCUGUUGAUCUCCAUAGAGUGUAUCCGCUGCUGAUCUGAGGCCUGUGAGUUGAGAUCACCUCUGCAUGGUCCCACAGCAAUCCACAGGUUCCACAGAUAGGACACUGAUCCUUGAUCAGGACCUAAAGCGCAGUUCUCCAGGCCAGCCAGGGGUGAAAACAGUGCACAGUUAGCAGGGGAGAGAGUAGAGAGAGGGAUAGAAAGAGAGAGAACGCACUCAGUUUAGUGGCAGAAUGGAAAUGGAGAGACUGGGGAGAGGAGGAACCAAACCAAGCGCGGGCCCCAACACUCUCCUGAAAGUCACCCUGGCAGUGUGUGUUUGUAUUUGUCUCGCACUAUUGAUAGCUGUCAUCACGGUGUCACAAAAAACAAGCAAUGAAGAAUACUGCCUUACCCCACACUGUAUUGAAGCAGCCAGCUCUAUUCUUAGUAAGAUGGACCAGUCUGUAGAACCAUGUGAUGACUUCUUCCAGUAUGCAUGCGGAGGCUGGCUCCGGGAAAACCCCAUUCCAGAGGAUUCUUCUAGCUAUGGGAUUUACCCAUGGCUCCGACAGAAUGUGGACCUCAAGUUGAGAGAGUUGUUAGAGCAGCCCAUUGGAGAUAAAGACAUUGAGGCAGUGAAGAAGGCCAAAGUCCUCUACAUUUCCUGCAUGAAUGAAACUGCCCUGGAGAUUCUAGAUGCAAAGCCUCUGCUAAAGAAUCUAAAGCAGAAGGAAUUCCGCUGGCCGGUUCUAGGGGAGGCGUUGGGUUCUUCCUCGCAGUGGGAGGAGUCUCAGUUUGACCUGCUGAAGACAUUGGCUGAGAUACGCAACCAGCACAGCAAGUCCGUCCUCAUACGCCUCUUUGUUUCUUAUGACGACAAGAAUUCAAAUCAGUACAUCAUCAAGUUGGAUCAGGCCUCUUUGUCGCUGUCAUCCAGAGAGGACUAUAUCACUAACACAGCUGAGGCUCAAAUGUAUCGAGAGGCACUUUUGAGGUUGAUGGUGGAUAUUUCUGUCAUGCUGGGAGCCAGUGAGCAGGCAGCUGAAGCACAGAUGAAACAAGUACUUGAUUUUGAAAUAAAACUUGCACAGAUAGUGAUUCCCUUAGAAAACCGCACCAGUGAAAACAUGUACAACAAAUACAGUUUGUCUAAACUGCAGCGCUAUAUUCCGGAAUUUAACUGGCUGGGUUUUGUCAGAGCAGUGAUUAACACUGAGCUGUACCCAGACAUGAAAAUCUCCUCUUCAGAGCAGGUGAUUGUACGUGCUCCUCAGUACUUGAAAGACCUCUUCAAACUCAUCAAUGCCACAGAAACCAGGACGGUUGCCAAUUACGUCAUAUGGAGAUCAGUUUUCUCCCGAAUCACCACCUUGAGUCGACGCUUUCUCUACAGAUUCCUAGACUUUGCUCGGGUGACCACAGGCACCACCUCUUUGACGCCUCGUUGGGACAAGUGUGUAAAUUACGUAGAAAACACACUUAUCUACGCCACCGGUAGGCUGUUUGUCGAUAAGCACUUUCAGGAGGACAAAAAACACAUGAUGGAAGAACUUAUAGAUGGUGUUCAGUGGGCAUUUAUUGACAUGCUUGAGAAGGAGAAUGACUGGAUGGAUGAAGAAACAAAGAGAAAAGCAACAGAAAAGGCUCAUGCAGUCUUGGCGAAAGUGGGUUACCCAGAGUUUAUACUGAAUGACACCUAUAUUAACGAGGACCUCAAAUGGUUGUCAUUCACAGAGACAGAUUACUUUGGGAAUGUUAUGCAGACGCUAAAGUUCGUUGCUCAGUCUGACAUCGGCUGGCUAAGGAAAACAGUCCUACGCACAGAGUGGUUCACCAACCCGACUACAGUUAAUGCAUUCUACAGCUCUUCUACUAACCAGAUCAGAUUCCCUGCAGGUGAACUUCAGAAGCCAUUUUUCUGGGGACUGGACUACCCUCGAUCCCUAAGCUAUGGAGCGAUUGGUGUAAUUGUUGGCCAUGAACUGACCCAUGGCUUUGAUAACAAUGGUAGGAAGUACGACAAAGAUGGGAUCCUGAACCAGUGGUGGAGCAAUUCCUCCAUCACCCGCUUCAAUGAAAAAACACAAUGCAUGAUCGACCAAUACAAUAGUUACUACUGGAAUGAAGCGGGGCUAAAAGUCAGGGGGAAGAGGACACUGGGAGAGAACAUUGCUGACAAUGGAGGGAUGAGGGAAUCUUUUAGGGCUUACAGGAGAUGGAUCGAGAAAGAGAGAGGAGGAUUUGAGGAGCCUCUAUUACCUGGAGUGGGUCUGACCAAUAAUGAACUGUUCUUCCUCAGUUAUGCCCAUGUUCGGUGUAAUUCCUACAGACCAGAAGCUGCACGAGAUCAGAUCCAGAGUGGAGUUCACAGUCCUCCUAAAUUUAGGGUUAUCGGGGCAAUGAGCAACUAUGAGGAGUUCCGGAAAGCUUUUAACUGCCCUGAGACAUCAGCCAUGAACAGGGGGGCAGAGUCUUGUCGGGUGUGGUAAUCAAUAACAACACCAAACCUCCAGAUUUUGUCCUGAUCACUGCUUUCUUUCGAAGAAACAGCAGUUAUUGUCACUGAAUCCUUGGGCCGUGCUGACCACUGAGUUCUGGCCUGUCUUCAGCCACUGGAAUACUGCAGACCACAGUGCCCACACAACUGAAGGCUUUCAGAUUAAUGUCUGACCUCAUUUAAAAUGUGCAAAUGCCAAUAGGACCACAUAAAUUCCCUUGAGGCCUUCCUGUGGUUCAUCACUGAUUCACAAAGCAGUCACACUGUCUCUUUAAAUGUGUAAAGGUUUUAAUCAAAAUAAAUUAUUAUUGAUCUUGUUGCCAUUGUUGAUAACAACUGUAUUAUUAUUUUUAAAAUUUCUGUUGUUUUAUUUUAUUAGAAACAAUACUGUAUUUUCUGUAUGUAACAUAGUAAAUAAUUGUUGUC